GGCAUCAGCCAAUGAGAAGUGCGCCGGUCCUGGUCGCCUGGGAAACCCCGAGACAACAAGAUGGCGGCCCUGCGGGACGGCUCGCUGGCCCUGUGGAGUUCCUGACAGCGAGCCUCGAAACUAGAGCGAUGAGCUCACCUCUGGCCUCUCUUAGCAAGACUCGGAAGGUGCCCCUAGAGCCGGAGCCUAUAAAUCCUGGGAGGCGAGGGAUAAGAAUCUACGGAGAUGAAAAUGAGGUGGACAUGGUGAAUGAUGCGCAAGACACAGAAGAAAAGAUCUCGAUCCCUUCCUGCUAUGGAGGCAUUGGUGCCCCUGUCGGCAGGGAAGCCCUUUCCAUCCUAGCCUCCAAUCCAGGCCUGGACACUAGAAACUUUGUCCACUUGACAGUCUUACCAUUCAAUGAUGACUUGGAGCCGAUGUCCCCCCUGCCUGGGAAGCUUCGGGACAUGGAGAAUCAGUUAAAGGUCCUGAAUAAUGAGCUACUGGCUAAGGACCAGAAGAUCCUGGCCCUGGAAGAGUUGGUGCAGACCCUGCAGGAGCAGCAGCAGCAGCAACAGGAGCAGCAGGAGCAGCAGCAGCAGCAAGGAGACAGUGCAUCCCUGAGGCGGCAGGAGGAGCUAGAGACACAGUGCAUUCAGCUGCAACGGCAGGUUGGCGAGAUGGAGCGGUUCCUCAGUGAUUAUGGCCUGCAGUGGGUGGGCGAGCCCAUGGACCAGGAGGACUCAGAGGGAAAGGAAGGCGGUGAAAGUGAUGAUCGGGACUGGAUGACAGCCAAGAAGUUCUGGAAGCCAGGGGAUUCUGUUGUGCCCCCUGAGGUGGACUUCGACAGGCUGCUGGCUAGUCUGCAGGAUCUGAGCGAGCUGGUGGUGGAGGGAGAGAGCCAGGUGACACCCGUGCCUGGUGGGGCACAGCUCCGCACCCUGGAGCCCAUCCCGCUGAAGCUCUACCGGAACGGCAUUAUAAUGUUUGACGGGCCCUUCCGGCCCUUCUACGACCCCACCACACAGCGCUGCCUCCGGGACAUACUGGACGGCUUCUUUCCCUCAGAGCUCCAGCGACUGUAUCCUGAUGGAGUCCCCUUUAAGGUAAGCGACCUGCGCAAUCAGGUCUUCCCAGAGGAUGGGCUGGGCCCAUUCCCAGGUGAGGGUCGUGUGGUGGGCCGCAAAAUGCGCAAGGCCAUGGACAGGGUGGAGGAUCCUACAGGCUCCCGGAUGACUGCGGAGAAAUUUCUGAACAGGCUUCCCAAGUGUGUAAUCCGACAAGGCGAGGUGAUUGACAUCCGGGGCCCCAUCAGGGACACCUUGCAGAACUGCUGCCCAUUGCCUGGCCGGAUCCAGGAGACUGUAGUGGAGACACCUGCCUUGACUUCUGAGCGGCGGAGGAGCCUGGAGUCUCCCAGCACGCCUGUGCCUCUGCACACCAUGCUGCGCAUCAAAUCUGAGAACGGGGAGCAGGCCUUCCUACUGAUGAUGCGGCCCGAGGACACUGUUGGCGAUGUGCGCAAGCUCUUAGCGCAUGCCAGGGGCACGGAUUUGGCCACCUUUGAGAUCUUCAGCACCUUCCCACCCACGGUCUACAAGGACGACACAGUCACACUGAAGGCUGCAGGCCUGGCUCCCAGCGCAACGCUGCUGUUACGGGCUCCAAGAGUAAAAGCCUCACCGUCGAACCUCGGCCUUGGCCCUGGCCCUGGCCCUGGCCCUGGCCCCCACCCCGGCCCAGGCUCACUGUCCUGAAUAAAGUGCCGCCCCUGACAUUAUGAGCACCGCAAGGCUCUCUAGACAGGGCUGUCUUGAGGGGGAGGCUGGGCUGGGGGGAGGGGUGGUAUAGCCACUCAGGCCUGUAACUGGAGCCCCAGCUGGCGUAGCCACUUACUCUUUGUCCCCUGAGUUCCUUUUCUCCCAAGUUGUGCUAAGUGGAUCCAAUGGAGGGAGUGGCCGGGUGGACAUUCUCUGUCUCAGCUGGCAGGGGAGCCUCACUGGGGGUGAGGCUCUG